AGUCUCCCAGAACAAUGCUCUACAAGUAUAGUACACGAUUCAAACUGCAGGGAAGCUCAAGAAGGCAAUGAACAUACCUUUCUGCGGCUAUAUAAGUAGCGGACCAAUUGCAGAUAGCCUGCGACAUAGUCCUAUUGUUGUUGAUUUUCGGACAUUGGUAUGACGAUAUGGCGCCAGCGUAGACAGGGCCUUUGCAAACACGCGGUUCCUCUCGUUUGCCUCGACACCGACUCCGUCAAUUUCCACUCUGCACACUCUCAGGAAGUCAUAAUACCGUAAAUCUGCCACCGCGCCCCCUGAUCCAACACACAGCAGUUACCAGCAAGCUGCGACUCGAACACUAUGUCACAACCACCUUGGACUCUUCCGGUGACAACAAGCUCCGAGUCGAGCAGCAUACCACAAUCCCCCGCAACUCCUCCGCGACCAGCAAGCAACGAAUCGGACAACGUGUCAAAACCGCCCGCAACUGCUAUCCCUGCAUACAGUUUCCCGUCAGUCAAAGCGCGCCGUAAAUUCGUGGAAACGCAUACAGAACUCAUAGUCGAGACGAUGAAGAGCGGCAACAUGGAACUGCUCGUCCACAUAGGGCCACUCGUUCAAAUGGCAUCAGCAUUCAUUUAUGGAGUUCAGGAGGACAACGCCAGUCACUAUCUCCAGGCCCCGGACAUUGACGACCCCGAAACCUUGACCGAAGCUUAUUUCACGCUCUGGGCACAUACAUUAUGGGGCAGAAACGAGAUCAUGCCGUGGAGCGCUUUCCAUAGAAAUGUUUACGAUGCCUUCGAAGCUCCACGCUUUCUCCGCGAGCUGCUCACCAGAGGCACUCGAUUGUAUUGGGAGUGGACUACCGGACGAGGUCUGAGGCUCACGACUGAUCAGAGGAUAACAAUGGCACUGCUUCGAUCAGAAGACCUGAUGUUGUGUGCUAUAUCAGCACAGAACAUGGUAGAUGACCUUUUCUUCUCCUUCCACAAUCAUGAACUCUCCUUACAUGAUCUGAAGUCUAUAAAGGAAUUCCUCAGCUUCCGCGAGAAUGAUUUCGACCAGGAAUUCCCUACCAUCAGGCAAUGUUCACGUCAAGCCUGGUUCACUCUGCCACCUGGCUAAGAAAACAAGAUUUUCAGGCGAUGGUACGACUUUGGGCAGAUUGGAUACCACGAUAUCCCCGACUGGCCUGCAAGCUCGAACAUGCCUUCACGGCUGGUGACUGAUCUACCUGCUGAGAUCAUGUUAAUGAUUCUCGAAAAGGUCUUCAAGAUCAAUGGAGACAUCCAUGUCGUAUUUGAUCGAUUCGAGA